AUGGACACGAACCCCUAUAGCGAUCGCGUCCGGAGACCUGCCACUGCUCCCCCGGGACGUACUGGAGAACAGGCUUCUGUUUACAUCAAUCCUCGUCGCAAAUACAAACGCCGAGGUACGGGUUCUGUCCUAGAGACGAAAAGCGGCGGCUCAGAAGAUGAUUCAGGCUCUUCCAUGUCGGGAUCAGAAGAACACGAACUUGGCGACCUGGAUUCGGACGCGGACGUCGACGUCGACGAUGAUGAAGAGACCGGUUUCAACAAGCAUGACAGGCUCAAAUAUGCGAAGAAAAAGAGACGACGUCAUGGUCUCGACUCCCGAAUCGCAGGCACCGCAGGCAUCUCAAAGGACGAAGCCAAAGAAGCCGACAAAUUCGUCCUGCGCAAUCUUCUCGUCAAUGCUGUACUCAUCGGCCUCUGGUAUUUCUUCUCACUGUCGAUAUCCAUUUACAACAAAAUGAUGUUCUCGUCCGACCACCUCGAUUUCCACUUUCCGCUAUUCGCUACUUCACUACAUAUGCUGGUUCAAUUUGGACUUGCAUCCACUAUACUUAUGAUAUUCCCCUCCCUCCGACCGUCGCAACCACAGCCUCCUACACAUCGAAACGAGUCACGUCCACCGAAGCCGUUGAUUACCCCGAUGUUUUAUAUAACCCGCUUAGUUCCUACUGGGACGACAACAUCGCUUGAUAUUGGACUGGGCAAUACCUCUCUACGCUACAUCACCCUCACUUUCUACACCAUGUGCAAAUCCUCCGUCCUCAUUUUCGUCCUCAUAUUCGCCUUUAUCUUCCGCCUGGAGAAGCCAUCUCUCAAACUGGUGUUCAUUAUUCUCACCAUGGCCGUUGGUGUCCUCAUGAUGGCCGCCGGCGAGACAGCAUUCAACGCCCUAGGCUUUGCUCUGGCAAUGUCCGCAUCGUUCUUCUCGGGCUUUCGCUGGGCUGUUACGCAGAUUCUUCUUCUCCGGCAUCCUGCAACCUCGAACCCAUUCGCCACGCUUUUCUUCCUGGCCCCAAUCAUGUUCGUCAGCUUGUUUAUCAUUGCCUGCAUAUCCGAGACUCCUGCAGCAGUGGUUACAGGGGUUCAAGUGCUUGUCAGCACCUAUGGAAUUGUCAAAUCACUUCUCCUACUGAUUGUCCCGGGGUUUCUGGCCUUCUGUAUGAUUGCCAGCGAAUUUACCCUGCUUCAACGGACAAGCGUUGUCACCCUCAGUAUCUGUGGCAUUUUCAAAGAAGUGGUGACCAUCAGUGUCGCCGGGAUUGUGUUCCACGACAAAUUAUCCCUGGUGAACAUUAUUGGCUUGAUUAUCACAAUCAUAUGUAUAGCCAUCUACAAUUACUUGAAGAUCUUCAAGAUGAGACAAGAUGCUCUCGAGAAGCUGAGGAAGCGCGACGAUAGAUUAUACGACGAGGAGGACGACGACCCUGUCGGAAACAGGACACCUCGAGCAGAAGAGGAGGAAGCAAUAAUUGCCGAUAGGGUACCGCUGAUGCAGGACCAAGAAGGCAGGCCGGCAGGUAGGAAUGGUGCUGGGUCAGGAGCUAGGCCGACGUCUGGUUCCUCUUCGAAAGCUGGAGCUAAUGGCUUUUUGGGGGCUCCUAAGUGA